UGUGACGUCACGGGUAGGCGGGCUCUCCGCGUCAGUUCGCGGCCGUCUGUUUACCGGACCGCUCGCUGCUCUGUGACGGCGGCAGCGGCAGCGGCGGCGGCUUCUCGCAAUUCGCCGCGCGUUUAAAUAAAAAAAAUAUAUAACAACGCACGAAGCCAAUCUAGACGGACUCCUAAUGCGUUUUAAAACAACAGGUACAUACAACAGAAAUGUACGAAAUACCACGUAGCGUUUAGAGUCAUUGAUGAAGCCGAGUAGUUUCGUCGAAGGGAAGAGAGGCGGCGGCUGCUGCUGCUGCUGUGUUUUUUUGACAGCUUGACGCGGUGUCGAGGUUUAAGAAGGGGGUGGGGGGGGGUAUCGGGACGACCGUCAUCGGCCGCGUAGGAAUCGCGAGCGCUCGCCUCAUUGUUUAGUGCGGAGCGCGCGUGGUUGACGACAGCGGCGGCGGCGGUGGCCUCCCCUACGGGCUGACGCUGCGGGGAGGGUUGAGUUAUAGUGGCCGUGCGUGCGGUCGGCUCCCGUGUUUUUUGUAGUUUUCCGGUGGCAGUCUUGACGUCAGCGGGUUUCUGCGAGCAAAGUCAACUCCAUGGCCGUUGCCUGACCCAGGUGAGUUGUGUGUCUGUACUGGUACAGUAAUUAAUUUGGCAAGGUCUCUUUAACAGGGUGAUGAGAGAGGAAGGUGCCUGACGUGCCGCUAUUUUGCCAGGGUGAGAGAUAGAUCCAUUUGCUGGGUUUGUUGAAGGGAUUUUAGGGGACCGUGGCCAGGGACCGGUCGAUAUCUCACUCGCAACAGAUGUUCGCCUUGGCUGGUUACGAACUUGGGUUUCAGGGCUCGUAGGACAUUGUGCUCACCACCGCGACGCCGCUCCACUCCUCUGCCCUCCCCCCAUCGUUUGUGGUCUUGUUUUUUAAGCGGAUAAGAGGGAUGAGGAAGGGGUAUUACAUACAGUCUUUAUUCAACCAGUUGCUGAGAGGUUAAUCCUAACGCUUGUCUAACCAGGUGUGAGGUGGAAUAUUGAUGGCGCAUGCCUACGUAGUUAAUAGAGGACAUCCGUUUACAUUAGGCCCUUUUUUAAUUGUGUGAGGAAAUACAUUGUCAUGGCACUCGUCUGAUCCUAUGAGAGUUAAGGCCCGGAGGCAUAUGUCUUAGCAAGCUGAGCGGUAGAAUCAAUUGGUUCUGGUAAUCGUAGACUUAAUUGAUAUGUAUUGUGCAUUGUUCAUAUGUAACUAUGUGGCAGGUGAGGCAACGAUGCCAUUUGUCUUACCAGACGAGAGGGGGCAUGUUUAUGGCUCUCUUUGUUUGACAAAGACGCAAGGCCAAAAACAAAUUGUUUUCAUUCCGUAGAUGUGUAUUUAGGCUAUGUGUCCGAGACUGACACAAAUUUGAAGCUUUGUUUAACAAAAACACACCCAACGUAUUGUCUGUUGUGGUCCCAUAACGUUCUCGUCAUGCAAUUUCAGUUAUGUAUUCGGGAGUGACGUUGCAUUGUCAUGAUUAUAGUGCUAUGAAAGCACAUGUGACGUAAUUUUCCAUAGCAAACCUUCAAAUGCGUACCUGGCAGCCCACAACACACAUCCUAGGUAGACAUCUACAAGCUAAGAGCUGUUUGGUGUUGUGUAUGCUUCGAAGGAGGUAAGGUUGGUGAAACAUUUACUAUCUAGGCCUUUGUUCAUGUGAGUGUUGGGUGGCACACACUGGCCCAGCUCGCCACUAUCCUUUCACCGGGCAAAGAGAGCCCAUUGAUGUGGUCACUCUUGUAAGGGAAACCUGAGUGACUUGUUAGGCAGGGAGAUUUGUGUGAAUCUGUAUAGCGUAGCUAUUGGCCAUCUGCUGUGCCCAAAAGCCGACACUGGCUGACUAAGCUUGUAAGCUAAUUGUUUUUGGCCGCGGCAGUCUCAUUUCAUUGGCCCCUCCAGCUGAUGGACAACACGACAGCGUAAAAAUACCGUACAACCACCUCACUCUGACAGUACAGUAUGUGACGGACAGUGAGAGUGCUGUAUUGCUCUUGAGUCUUCGUUCGCUAAAAUGUGGGCGUUGACCUGGAAGGAAGCACAGGACUUUGGUAUGCCUGCUAAUGUCCGAAUGGUCAAACAAAGUUGACGGUUUUGGGGUCAUGGUAAUGGGAACAGCUUCCUGUGGCUGCAGGUCUGCCGCCUGUCAGAAGGUUACUCUGGUAGCAGCUCGACCAGCGACUCUUCUUUGUCACUGAAAGGCCGCUACGACUAUUCUUAGUCACUGUAACAAACCGAAACAAUGGACUUGUGGUCAACGCUUCCCUUUUUAAAAGUACAGUUUUUUCCCAUUGAUAACUACGAGAGGUUUUUCUUAGACAAAAGUUGAUGCUGGUAGAUCGCAAUCCCAACGUGUAAUUCGUAAAGUCAUGAUGCUCAAUUUCGUUUGUUGGAAAGGUGACGAGGUUUAGAAAUGGAAUGUGGCUGUCUUGCAACCCUGUACAGAAGAGGUGGAAUCCUCUCCUCAAGCGUCUGUCUCUUGUCUUGUACAGAAGAGGUGGAAUCCUCUCCUAAAGCGUUUGUCUCUUGUCUUGUACAGAAGAGGUGGAAUCCUCUCCUCAAGCGUCUGUCUCUUGUCUUGUACAGAAGAGGUGGAAUCCUCUCCUAAAGCGUUUGGCUCUUGUCUUGUACAGAAGAGGUGGAAUCCUCUCCUAAAGCGUUUGGCUCUUGCCUCGUGGCGUAAACACUGUAGAACAAAACGUCACCUUCCUGUUUACGUUCGCACCCCAUAUAGUGAGCAGUGUAAAUGUGUGCUUUACAGCAGGCUGGAAAACCGGAGAGCUGACAUUUGAGUCACGCAGCUAAUGUGAAAGCCAUACCAGGGUUAAUGGUUUUGUUGAGAGAGUAUAAACGACCUUAAAAAGCAUUUGUUAUUACGUGUACAGUAUACGAAGUGUAUAUAUUUACUUGCAGAGUUUUGAUGCCAAUGAAGGAUAAUGCAUGACUGUUUUCAUAUGUUUUAAAAUAUAUAUACAUUUCUGUGCAGUGAACCAUUUUAACGAUGAAUUAUUUCGAAUUUAAAAUGUGGGCUUAUUUACAUAAUGGGUUACACAAACUAGGCAAGUUUGUCAAGUGUUGCGGUGAUUCAUAGCCUGCGAGUGGAGCAGUGCCACAGUGUUUAACGCAUUGUACAGUGCUAUGAGUCCGGGUCUCUUUGAGUGUGGUUCCCUGCCUUGGCCAACAGUGGCGAGAGAGAGAGAGUUGAACUGUUCCUGACCCCCGCUUCACCAAAUUGCUCUGACAAUCGUGAAGUAUGGUAAAAUACCCCCCCAUGAAUGACAGCGGUAGCGGCCUUCAUCCAGCAUCUGAUUUGCAUUUCUUCCUUCAUUGGGCCCUGUCACGCCAAAAUCGGGUUGCUGUUUGUGGAGUUUCUGUUUCCCCGCCGUUCUGUCAUCGGCGUCUUGUUCCGAGCUCGCGUUGAGUUGUAAUAAAAAUACAAAAAACAUAUUAAUUGUAAGAUGAAGUGAACAAAAAUGAUUGAGAAAAUAAGUUUAUCAGCAUUCCACCUAAUACAUCUGAUAAAUUAUUGGUUUGUUGGUAAUAAUAACCAGGGUAUAGAAUCACGCUUAUUUUGUCUUAUAAAUUUAAGAUGUUUCCAUAAAGUUUCAAAUGUAUGACCUGUGGAUUUAAAAAAAAUUUGGGAUAGUAAUAGCACAUGAGCUAAAAAAAGUUUAAUAUGGCAUGUAGAGCAACUUUAAUAUGUAAAUAUGUAGUAAUGUUUACCGCUUCUUGUCAUUCCAUUUCUGAAUGAAGACCUCCCCCACGCCGUGUCGGUCAUAGGGUUGUUUCACCAUACUUCGUCAUGCUCGUUUCUGCGGGUUAGUCAAGGAGGCCCUUAGGACCGGUUCAUAUAUCAUCUCGCCACUGAUGUCAGCUGUGUCCAAGAAUCAAACUCGGGUUCGCGGGUUCAGAACGCAUUGUACUAACCAUUGUAAGUUGGUAUGUAAAGCAUAGCAUAUAUAUCAAUGAAAGCAUCUAUUAAAUGAAGUAAACAUGUCAUGCAAAAAUAGCAAUGCAGUAAUGGAAUACGAGCGAUAUUAAUAUGUGCAGGGUUAUGCACCGACCGGCAUCUGCUGUAGACAUGUAAAGACGCGCGCUGAUCGAUCCAGACAGAGAUGGCGGAAGCGGAAACAGGCUAUCGCAGGCUGGACUCUUACGAUGAUGAAGAGUCCCCGAACCAUGAGCGGGAGGUUCUCGUGCACGUUCCCGAGGGCAGCAAAGCCCGGUGGAACCACAUUGAAAACUUGGACUACUUCUUCACAAGAAUAUAUCAUUUCCACCAGAAACAUGGUUUUGCCUGCAUGAUGCUAGCAGAAUUCUUUGAAUUGGUACAAUUCCUCUUUGUUGUGACCUUCACCACGUUUCUGAUCAACUGUGUGGACUACGAUAUCCUCUUUGCCAAUAAGCAAGUACAUCCACAACCCAGCAGAAAAGUGACUCUCUACGAUGCUUUGCUUUCCAGUGAAAAAUGUACCGAGAGGAUUCGUGGAAACAGUUGGAUCAUCUUCCUGAUAGUGAUGGCAGGGACAUUCUGGCUGUAUCGUCUCAUCAAGGUCAUCUACAACUUCUCCAGCUAUUUAGAGAUCCGUGCUUUCUACAUUAACGCUCUCAAGAUCCCCAUGGCAGAGCUUCAGAACUUCUCGUGGCAGGAGGUUCAGGAGCGUGUGCUGGCAGUGCAGAAAGAGCAGCAAAUGUGCAUCCACAAGCGCGAGCUCACCGAGCUCGACAUGCACCAUCGUAUCCUGCGCUUCAAGAACUAUCUGGUGGCCAUGGUCAACAAAUCGCUGCUGCCCGUGCGUGUCCGCGUGCCCUUCGCCGGCGAGAGCGCCCUCCUCACGCAGGGCCUCAAAUACAACCUGGAAAUGCUGCUCUUCUGGGGCCCUGGCGCGCCAUUCCAGAGUGCCUGGAGCCUUCGGCCCGAGUACAAGCGGGCUGGCUGCCGGCUGGAGCUGGCUGAGCGACUAGGCCGCACUAUCUUGCUCGUUGGCCUUGCCAACCUCGUCCUCUGCCCCUUAGUCGUCGUCUGGCAGGUGUUGCAUGCCUUCUUCCGGUAUGCGGAAGUGCUGAAGCGCGAGCCCGGUAGCCUGGGUGCGCGCCGCUGGUCCCUGUAUGGGCAGCUCUACCUGCGCCACCUCAAUGAGCUGGACCACGAGCUGCGUGCGCGGCUGGGACGUGGAUACCGCCACGCCGCCAGGUACAUGGACUCGUUUACGGCACCUAUGAUGGCUGUGCUUGCCAAGAACGUGACGUUUUUUGCCGGCUCAUUAUUGGCUGUGCUGCUGGCGCUUACGGUGUAUGAUGAGGAUGUGCUGUCCGUGGAACACGUGUUGACCGCUAUCACGGCACUGGGUGUACUGCUCACCGUCUGCCGGGCAUUUAUUCCAGAUGAACACCUGGUGUGGAACCCUGAACACCUGCUACAGGCAGUUCUUGCUCACAUCCACUAUAUGCCCGAGCACUGGAAGGGCAUAGCCCACAAGACAGAAACCAGAGAUGAGUUUUCUCAACUUUUCCAGUACAAGGCAGCAUUCAUCAUGGAAGAGCUGCUGAGCCCCAUCAUCACACCCUUCAUCCUCAUAUUUGGUGUGAGGCCAAAGGCCCUGGAGAUUGUCGACUUCUUCCGAAACUUCACUGUGGAGGUGGUGGGCGUGGGCGAUGUCUGCUCCUUUGCACAGAUGGACAUCCGCCGGCAUGGCAACCCCACGUGGAUGUCAGCAGGGCAGACAGAAGCAUCCUAUUAUCAACAAGCCGAAGACGGGAAGACGGAGCUCUCUCUUGUUCACUUCGCUAUCUCGAAUCCCCGCUGGCGCCCACCACGGGGCAGCAAUGUGUAUCUCAACCAGCUGAGAGAGCAAGUGCAGCGUGACAGCACUGCCAAUCCGCAGCCCCUGCUUUUCAGCUCAUUGCAAACUAUCGAGUCGCAAUCAGGGCCAUACGGCUUGCUGGGCAGCAUGUUGGGAGGCCCUUCCUCGCUGACGGCAUACCGAUCGACACGCGACGCCACCUGCAGUCUUCCUGAAAUGUCUGCGGCUACGGCUGCUGCCACAGCACUUAUGUCGCUCUCCAUGCCAUCUGCGUCCCUCACUCCGGGGCCCAGGGAGGAGCUCGCCGAGAUGCCAGAUUCCACCCCUGGAAAUACCACUGUGACCGCACGCCCCGGCUCAUCCACUGGCGCUGUGGGGGGCAUGUCCAUGAGCACCGGUGGUAGAGGAAAAGUCAGUUUCGGAGGAACGGAUUUCCGUUCCAGCAGUGUAGGCAGCAGCUUCAGGGAAGGUCCUUCACAAAGCAGCAUUUUAUCAGAGUUUGCUUCGGCCGAAAUGAGCCUGCACGCGAUCUACAUGCAUGAGGCACGUAGGAAUUAUGCGACAAGCGACGCCCAGGCUCGGUACCACUGGCAGCAGCCUGAGAACAAUGGAGACGAUGACACAAUGGACGAGGUCAACGCCCUGUCUGGUUUCAGGGAGUCAAGUUUGCAGCUGCACAACACUGGCUCGAACUCUGGUUCGCACUCAAGCUCAGUUUUGGGCUCGGGCCAAAGAGAGACGUAUGUGUCUCCUUCUGCAAGCAUAGGCCACUCUGGGGACUAUAUGCCACCCAACAUUGGCUCCUUGCAGGACACUCACGGCGACAGCCUGGGGCUAAUGGUGACAAGAGAGAACACAGAACUAGGUGCAUUCCCCUUUCGGCACUACGGUGGCACAUCAGCAUCGGAAAAUAUGCUGCAGCCCGAGCAAGGCUCUCCCAGGUUUGGGUUAAUGCCCAUGGGCGGCUGGCAGGAGGACAUGGCUGGAUUGGGGACCAUUGACCCACAUGGGGGUGUGCCCAGCUGCAUGUCUCCCAACCCGCAACAGAUCAACGAGGUUGCUUACACUUUCCACUCGCUGUUCCUUAACACUUGAUAUGAGUUUAUAGUUCAUUACUAAUGCAGGUAACAAAGUAUAUAAGGAUAAACAUGUCUUGCCUAUAUAAAAACUUUGCAUUAAAAAUUUAAAACCAGGUACGUUUUUUUAUUCCUUUGUUAAAAAAGUAGAGGUUUUUUGUCAACGUUUUGACCUUUCUUUGCAUAUUUAGUUUCUCAAAGCAAUAUUUUAACUUUGAAAUGACAUGAACCAAUGUCUUUCCAUCACAGAAUUAAAUGAACGGCUGCUCCUGGAAAAAAUGGAAGUGAGCUCUACAAUUACUGGCAUCUCAUUUGGCCAGCAGUGGCAAAAGGGUGUGUGCAUCCUGUGCAAUGGUGAUUGUGCUCAAUGUAACAAAACAAGUACUGCAUGUACUGUUUAAUUUAAAUGGAAAUGUCUGCAUCAUUUACUGCAAUUGAUGUCCACUGUGUAAUUGAAAAAAUGACUGUGUUCCUUAGAGCUUUAAAAACACAUCUCUUUAACCUGCGUAGGUAUUUAACUUUUCUUACGUACUUUAAUUUGUUGAUAUGAAAAUGUAUUAAAACAUUAAUGCAUGCUUAGAUUGCAAGUUUAUAUUGAAAACUUAACAGUUUUUGAAUCAGUGGUCAAAAGCCACAUUCUCUACAUUAAUGCUGCAGUAAAAGGUAAAAACACGGUUGUGAAUUUACCGAUAGACAAAUGUGGUAACAGAUGCUGCAGCAUUUUCUUCCUGGCAAAAACUGGCCAAUAAACAUAUUUUAUAAAUGUAACCAUUGAAACCUAGGUUAUUACCCGAGCUGUAAAUAAUUACCGCUUCGAUGUUAACUAUUCGAAUGUAAGUCUCACGCAUCCACUUUUUACUUUCUGCAAGUAUACCGAGAACAACAUGGUCAUUAUUUUAAUUGUAUUUUUUUUUACAGUUUUAAUACUUAAGUGUUAAGAUGUGUUGUGCUAUGUACAACAUACACAAAUACAACGAUGGUGUAAUACUAAUACAUGCAAUCUGAAAAGAAAUUAUUUUCUGAAAGUUACCUAUUAAUGAUAUAUUUAUGGUGCUCAUAUGCUAAGCUUAAAACCGUUUCUGAUCUCUGUUCAGUUGUAAGACAGCACUUCCCCAAAAGCUCAUCCCACCGGGUGGCGGUGUUUGACCUUUAAGCCGUCUGAUCCAUGCCAUUGCUUAUGAAUACAUGUACUUUGUGCGUGCGUGUGUUUAAAAGGACAAGUUACCCAGGUAAUGAAAAGUUAUAAUGAUGAAUAUGUAAAAUACGUGUGUAAAAAUUACUCUGCGUAUGCAAGUUAUGGUGGAAGCUUGCAUACACUGCCAUGUAGUGGAAUUUUAAGGCUGUUAUUCCACUGCCUGUAAACAUGGGCUCAGUUUGACACUUUUUUUAAUUGUACAAGAAACGCUAAUAUAAGAAUGUAAUAUAAACAUUUUCAAAUAGAUUUUUUUUCAUAGCGAUGCACUGUUAAAUUGUAAGAUAUUUAAUAAAUUAAUAUAAAACCAUU